AUGCACGACUUCGCCAACGACGAGCCACGGCCUGCCACGCCCACCGCACCGCCGAGGACCUUCAAACCGAGCGCCUCCAUGCGCGCCCUCAAUACAAACCACACAGCGCAGGGCACCUUCUUCGAGGAUGCCACGCCCGUCGACCGCACAAGGGCCAACGACAUAGAGCGAAGCCAGCUGCGCGACUCCCACGACCUCUCCUUCGCCGAGGCAGGAGUCCGCGACUCGGUGGUUGACAACAUGCUUCUUUCCCUUGACCAGUUCUCUCCGCCCAACAUGUUCACCAACCCGGCCAGCCAGCACCCCCAGUAUCCCGAAGACGACUUCUUCCUGCGAGACAAUUCCUACCGACCGCCAGGUCCCCGCCACCGAGGCCACACAUACACAUCCUCGCGCUCCUCCGACUACGAACUGAACGCCGAUGAAGCCUCUCGGUACGCCGCGAACCACAACCGCAGCCGCAGAAGCAACUCGAGCAACACAAUCGGACUUCCCAUGAGCAGAAAGGGCAGCGCAAGGGAGCCUUUGAGUGGCAGGCAACCAAACGGCCCGUAUGGCCAGUAUCAACAAUCAGGACACUUGAGAGGGGCCGGCCAAACGGGCAGCAAGGGCAGCGGCUCCUCGAGCAUGGACUUUGGCCAAGCUGGUAUUCUGGGCAACAGUCGCCUGGGUUUUGGAAAGCGCUCUGCCAGCUUUGACCACAGCAACUAUGGCGAGCGGUCGAGAGCGUCACCCGCCAAAGUCGAGUCGGUGCUGGACCGAGGGCGGACGGCCUACCAAAACUAUGCCGACGACUACGAUGCCGCACCCGAGCCAACCAUCCCAGCCGGUCCACGCAGGCUACAAGACGUGCCCCAGUCGCCUGCAUACCCACCACAGCCGCCCCUUGUGCCCCCGCAGGCUCCUGGUACUCGUCGGAGGGGAAGCGUCCGCUCCAACACGAGCUACAAGACGUUGCGGAAGAACAAGAGCCAACUCGAACCGAACAUGAGGGCGCAGGCCCAGGAGUUUGUUAAUGCUAGCACGUUGCGCGACCUACCCCCAGUGCCCUCAAUACACGAUCCGUCCGCGCCUAGUCCAAGCGUCAAUACGCGCAAAGGCCUGUUCCCACCGCAAACACCGGUCGCAACGCCCAAAGAAAGGCCUGGGUUCUUCAGACGUGUCUUUGGUGGAAGCUCAUCAAGAUCUCAGCCGCCGCUCUCGAACGCGUCCAGUGCAUCCUACGCUUUGCCUAUGGAGUCACCUGCCUUGGUGAAGCAAACAUUACCAGACAUCGAUUCGAUAUAUUCUCAAACGCGUCCCCGCACAACACCAAACAACAACAGCCACAUUGCUAAUCAACUCAAAGCCACGCCUAAGAACCAGCAGGCUGGGUCUCAGUCGCAGAAGGACACACAGUCUUCUGUGCCACCGGCUCUUGCAAAGAAGCCUUCUUCCUUUUUCAGACGCAGGAAGAAGUCUAUAUCGGAGAACUCCAAACCUCCUGUAAUGGCAUUGGACUUCACUCCACCCCACAAACCAAUUAUACCCGCGCAACCCAGUCCGGGUGUUAGCAGUCUGCGCAAGGUUAUGAACCCCUAUCUCAAUGACGGUACUCGUGCUGGCGAGCAAGCACAGCAAGAGAAUGUAGCCAAUGGUGAACGAGGGCACGGCUUCUCCCCAGGCUACCGGCCGCAUAAGGAUGCGACUGUACAUAGCCCGAAGAAGAAACUUAUGGCGAAGAAGAAGAGUAGCCCUAUGCCGCAAGAAGACACCUUCCUCGCGGAUAGCAGCAGCUGCAACGACGACCGCAGCGGUCGCGCAUCUCCCGCAUGCGAGCGCAGCGGCGUGGAGGAAACUCGGAGGCCUAGCACUUGCCCCACUACGUCGUCAAUCCACCAGUCUGGCUCCGAGGACAAGAGCGACAGACGGACAGACGGACCCACCGAGCUACUGUUCCCCGUACCACCAAACAAACAACCGCGAAAAUCGUCUCUUGGCGGAUCCAUCUCACAAUCGGCUUCAGAGGUCGAGAUCGAGGAAGAAGGCUGGAUCCUCACCCAGCCGCCGCGGAACGGCCUUGCAACACCUAGAGACACGACUAGAGAUCCCAGUCCAGCGGCAAAGCGCGUGUGGCUCGACACUACAACGGGCGAAGACACCGAUGAUCUGAAUCUACCUUUGGAAGGCGCCCGCUCGUCCCAGAAGUCCCUCUUAGACUCCAAUUCCCCAGUGUCACCGGAUGAUGUGUUCCACUCUGCUACGAGUUUGCCUAUAGUACAGGUAGAGAACCGUGACUCCGACACCAUGCCUGCCAUUGUUGAAGACCGCUCAAUGCACACGGAACCGACGGACGCCGACCGGGAGCGAGCAUUGCAGAUCUUCAAUGGCGACGACUCUUCCAUACAGAAGGCGCAAGCAGCGACUAUCCUGGGAGAUGUCACCCUCAGCAGCGCGCGCACCCGCAAGGCCUUUAUGGACCUUUUCGACUGGACUGGGUUCAAUAUCCUUGGCGCCAUGCGAGACAUGUGCGGCAAGCUUGUGCUCAAGGCUGAGACUCAGCAAGUCGACCGCAUUCUCAUGAACCUGUCAGAGCGAUGGUGCGAAUGCAAUCCUAACCACGGCUUUAAAGCAGUCGAUGUCGUGCACACUAUCUGUUACUCCAUCUUACUGCUCAACACUGACCUCCACAUGGCUGACAUUGAGUCUCGAAUGACGCGAAGCCAGUUCGUGAAGAACACACUCCCCACUGUCAGUCGUGUGUGCCAAGACGCUGUCAAGGUGGCGGGAGGUGAAACACUCCGGCCACAAUCUACACAUUUUCGACGGCCAUCGUUGCCUUGGAACGAUAAGUCGGAGCCAACAUCGCCAAGCGCUGAGACUUCCGCGUUCCCGUCUGAAGUGCCCGAAAAUUUGAUAGAGGACAAGAGAACGCGCAGCCGCCUCUCCCUUCGACCCCCUAUGAGGAGUGCUUCCGAGGGCUUCUUGUCUACUGAUUCAGCUACCAAUGAGUCGAACAUGCUCGUAAACGCACCAUACAACGGAUCGAUGAAGGGUUGGGAGUUCCAGAUCGAGAUUGUUCUGAAGGACUUCUAUGACUCGAUUCGCAAACAACGUCUGCCUCUCCAUGGAUCCUCUGAUCUCGCUGUUCAACAACACCCAUCUUCCAACAAUCUCUCGGUCAGCAACAUGCUGCGUCGCACACCAAGUAUGCUCAGUAAGACACCCUCAGAAAAUGCGAGUUACCGUGGUCGAUCACAGGGCGACUUCCGUAGCGUUGGCAACCGGUGGACCUCCAAGAAUCGUUCGAGACAAAAGCUCUACCCGUCUUCUACUGUGGCAUCGAGUCGCACUAGUCUUGACGACGGAUCCGUCUGGAGUCCUGCCGGCUCAAGCACUUGGAGUCGAUACUCGUAUGGCAAGACCGGGACUUCUAUGUCAAUGGACUCUCUUGGCACGCAUUUUGCUGGAGACUACCAGCAGGCCAUCGGCUUCGCCAACGCGCUGAGCCAAGCCAUCAUUCGGGAAGAAGGCAUGACAAUUGCCAGUGACGAAGAGUUUAGUCGCGUCGCCCCACUGCUCGAGGAUGAGACCUUGGAGCUUGUUGGAGCUCCGUGGGCAAAGGAGGGCAUCCUGAAGCACAAGCGUCACCUGGACUCUUCCGAUAAGAAGGCUAAAGAUCGAGCAUGGACAGAGUGCUUUGCCGUGGUCGAAAAGGGCUAUAUGCGUCUCUUCUCUUUCAACAUGAACUCAAAGUCAGUUCGGCACAAGAACAAGACUCGUCCAUCAGCUGGAAGUGUAGUCGGUGGUGGCAACUGGAUGGACAACGCCGAAGCUCUGGACAGCUUCCCUCUUCGGCAGACUAUUGCCAGCUCACUACCGCCUCCGGGAUACUCCAAGACCAGGCCACAUGUCUUCGCCUUGUCGCUACCAAAUGGUGCAGUCCAUCUAUUCCAGGUCGGGACGCCCGACAUCGUCCGCGAAUUUGUCUUCACGACCAACUACUGGUCGGCCAGGCUCUCUAAAGAGCCCCUAACUGGCGGUGUCAGUAGCAUGGAGUAUGGCUGGGGUGAGAAUGUUAUCAACCCUGCUCUUAUUCGACAAGACAGUUCGCCUUCAGUCCAAGGCCACAUGCCUCGCCCUAGUGAUAAGAUCACUCUUUCCGACUGGAGUCCGCCGCCAUGUAGCAUGAUGGCUAGCAGCUUGAUGGAAGUGGACCAGCUGCGGGCACUGAUUGAUUAUGUGAAAAACAUCGAAGCCGAGCUAGGUUACCACAACGAACUGAGGGCGCCUCUGCUCAUUGCGGUAAGUACACGAGCAAUGGCAAAUUGGGAACGCAAGUCACAAUACCUUCUCCGGGAAAUUGUCAAGUUCCGGACUUAUAUCGACACGCUCACUGCUGCGCAAGUGCAGAAGCAGAAGAUUUAUGCAGAGCGAGAGGCGCUGGAAGAGCAGGAGAUGAAGGCAAGCAGCGAUGCAGGAACAAGCCCGCAAGGUGCUGAGCAUGAUGGUGCGAGAGCUGCCUCUGAAGCUUCUUCAUCAAAGGCCAUCAUCAAGCAACCCUCUACGUCGGCUUUCCUACUGCAUCCGUAA